AUGUGUCAGAGGAAUGCUGAUAAACAAUGGCCUCCACCAGAUAAACCACUUAAAUUAGAUUGUGUGAUAAUCAGAAUGAUUCCUGAUUUUGAUGGAAAAGGAGGUUGUUGCCCUGGAUUUAGAAUUUAUGGACGCGAUCCGCUGUUACACCUUGAUAAAACCCGUAAACUUUUAUUUUCAACCCCAAGGAGGAGUAAGAAUGUCCAUUCUUACAAUCAGGCAGAAAAUGAGCAGCUUAAAAUUGACAUUAAUUGCAAUAUUGAAGGCGACAUUGUGGUGGAGUGUAUUAACUUAAAUGAUGAUUUGGUUAAGGAGACGAUUAUGUAUCGUGCCAUGCUCAACACUGCAUUCCUCAAAUCGAAUACAUUGAUGCUGAAUCGUGACGAAGUCGAUAUAUCUUGGGAUAAAAAGGAUCAAUUUCCUAGCGACUUCAAAGCUGAGCUUCUUUUCUCCGAAAUGGACCCUGAAGCUUCUAAGAUCCCAGUAGAUUUGUCUAGUUUUGAAGAAGGGGGGGUCCCGGUAGAAGCAUUUGGUAAUGUUCAAGAAAUGUUUAACAGUGUGGAUUGGCAUGUUCCUCCACCACCUCCUCCUCGUGGUGGUGGAGGAGGACUACAAACACCUAAACCACUAAAACCACCACCACCACCACCACCACCACAUAAAUCAGGUCCUUCACCACCACCAGCACCACCCCCACCCAAAGCAAACCCAGCACCACCACCACCGCGUACUCCAGUUAAUAGAAUCAAAGAAGCCGGUGCAGGUCCACCAACUCCACCACCACCUUUAAAAGGAGGCGGUGUAACUGCUCCAUCUCCACCACCUCCUAUAAAUAAACCGUGUGUUUUAUCAAUGACAUCUGCGGUGAAAACUCAACCAGCAAAAAAGCUAAAGCCGUUACGUUGGUCAAAAAUAAAUAGAGUAGGAAAAGGAAGCUUGUGGGCUGAAGCAGAAAAAUCUGGCGAAGCUGCAAGGGCACCAGAGAUUGAUAUGUCAGAACUUGAAACUCUCUUCUUAGCAUCAAAUCCGAAUUCUGACAAGGCAUCAAAAGCAAAGUCCAAAGCAUCUAAUGAACCCGAAAAAGUACAACUGAUUGAGCAUAGCCGGGCAUAUUACUGUGAAAUCAUGCUUUCAAAGGUGAAGAUACCAUUGCCUCAAUUGAUGGAGCAUGUCCUUAAUUUGGAUGAAUUAGCAAUGGAUGUUGAUCAGGUGGAUAAGCUUAUAAAGUUCUGUCCUACAAAGGAGGAGAUGGAACUACUUAAGGGCUAUAAAGGAGAACCUGAGAUGUUGGGCAAAUGUGAACAGUUCUUCUUAGAGCUAAUGAAAGUUCCACGUUCGGAAGCGAAACUCGUUGUUUUUUCAUAUAAGAUACAAUUUAGAGAAGAGGUUUCAGAACUUAGGGAUAGCAUAAACAUUGUAUAUUUAUCCGUAGAACAGCUUAUUAGUUCUGUAUAG